UGAUCCAUGAAAAAUGGCCGAGUUUUGUUUUUCCAACACGUGCCAUGGGAAAAAUUGAAGAGGCGGCAAUAGCUACCAAGAUAUUGAACACCACAGAGUAAUUUUCCAAAACCUAUUUUGGAAAAAUUAAUUGGCGUUUGAGCGGAAGAAUCUAAAGAUGGACGAGGACGAAGAAAGCGGUACACGAUCUCCACUGCUCGAUGACGACGGGCCACCUACGAAACGACGGAGACUUGACUCUGAUGCACUUGAGUCUUAUUGGGACGCUGAGAGUAUGAGGAGAGAAUGCACAGUUCUCCGCAGAAAAUUAAAUCGACUCGAAAAUUUUUCGUAUCGCCAGCGCAAAUUCUUUGCAGAAGAGAAUCGACUGAGGAGACAGGCAGAAUUGGAUAAGGAGACAAUAGCACAAUUGCGAGAGGAUUUGGGGAGAUCAACGAAAGACGCCCAAGAGGCACGCGAAGGAUUGGCUGCAGCAAACCUCAAGUUUAGUCAAUUAGUGGCCAAACUGAAGCCCAUAAUUGAACAAAUGCCUGAAAUCAUACUCUUGAUUGUGAAUUCGAGCUCUGAAGGCACGUCAACAGUGCCUUUGCCUCGAAAAAGUGGUCAGAGCUUUGGCAAUGAUUUAAUGCCUCGAAAGAAAUUGACGCCUAAGGAUUUUAAACUCAAGGAAACGAGGGUGAGAAUCCAGACGAUGACUCCAGAUAUAGUCACCUAUUACGAGAGGAAAAAACUACAAGCAAACGCGAAACGUGCAGACAAGUUUAAAGAGGAAUUGCGGCUGGCAAGAGUCACCAUCUCGUCACGUCAUGAAGGUGCGGAGGAACAAUGAUGUAGUAUUCCAGAUGAGGAGCGUGACAUUGAGAAAUUUCAACAACAUGAGCACGAAUCAAUGGGUAAAUCACCUGGUGGUGGUGAUGGGGUGAUGCCUAACUCAUCAGAUCCACAUAAUAAUGUCACAUUUCUAAGUAAGGCUUGUAAUGGCAAUUCUUCAUUUGAACUGCAAGCCUCAGAAGCAGAAUAUCUUCUUCUUGAUACUCAGUUUCAUGUCAAUGAAGGAUCAGGCAGAUCAAAAUGUGAACCACAGCAAGUAACGCCAAUAGGAAAAAGGAAUACCACAGCUACAAGCGGAAAAUUUAUCAAGUUGAACUGGAUUGAAAAGAUCGAACGCACGAGGGAAGAAUGGAUUUGUAAAAAAUGCUCUUAUCGAUUUGGCAAGAGACAUUAAGCUCAGGAUCAGGUGUGGCCUGUACAUUAUAAUAGAAGAUUUCAGUGCCCUUACUGCACUCAUUGUCCAAUGCGUUUUACCUGUAGGAGCAAUUUAAGCAGGCAUGUAAGGAAACAGCAUGCCACACUCUGAGAAGCUUCAAGGAUUAUACAAUUUUAUUUUAUUUUUGAUGGAAAAAUGUUUUGAUUUUUUUUGUUGAGUAGUUCAUGUGAAACUUUACUGGAGUAUAUCAGUAUUUAAAUUUUAUUCAUUAAUGCAUGAAUUUCAUUUUAUUUUUGAAAAUUGUUUGCGCUGUUCAAUUCAAUAGUGAAAGACAAAACAUUACAAUGAUCUUCCAUAUCCUGUUGAAUAUUGAAUUGUCUUGAUGAGUGAUUUUGGGAGAAAAUAUUACACGACGUUUUUUUUUAAUUUUUUUUAUCGAGCAAAGAAUUUGCAUGAAUUUAAAAAAUUUUGAUCUCAAGGUUUGGCCUUAAAUGAUUCAUUUUCCGUUUAUAAGCAAUAGAAAUAAUAGUAAUUAAUAGUUAAUUGUCGAAAGUUGAAGAUUUUCAACACUUUGAAAUCACUAAUGACAUCACAGGGUGGUGGAACGUCGGACCAAUCACAGAAUGGCACGAGACAACCUAACGCAAUCUUCGCUCUCACAUUCAUUUUUGCUCUUUAUAGAUGCAAUUAAUUUUUCCGUUAUCAAUUUUUGCUUUAUAUUUUUAAUAUUUGAAACUCCCAUCUGCGAAAUAUCCCCAACCAUGCUCUGAAUCCAUUGAUGAUUUCAUUUCAAAUAAUCUUAGUUUCAUAGAAAAGUGUUUAGAAAAUUCCCACGUAAUUCAACCCAAUUUCAAAUAAAUUGCAGAAAUUACAGUGUU